AUACACCGUAAACAUGACCACGCUGGAUGUGGUUCCAACAUAGGCCAGUCCUUGAAACCCAUUCCUGUCGCCCACCCCAGUCACACUUCAGAGCUUGGACGUUGGAGGUGGUGGGUGUCGACGGUCUUACGAUCGCCUCAAGAACUGUCCGCAAUCCUCAAGCACUCAGCACUGGCAACAACGGCAAGACCUCUUCCGCUUCAGAUACGACAUGGCACCCGUGUUUGCACCAGUACCAGUACCGGGUCGUGGUCACCGUCAUCCAGGACAUGGCCCCUGUAGGAAUCGAGAGCUCCGCCCCGCCCGUGCAGCUCUUUCGCUUCGACACACCAGCCUUGUCUGCCGCUACCACUGCUACGGCCGAUGAUGUCGAGGCGGCUGGGGCUGCGGCUGCGGCUGGGAUUCCUGCCGCGAUGAACAAGGGUGGAGCACGGCCUCUCACCCCCCGGUCGAUGAUCGGGGGAUCGGCAACCGAGCAAGCCAGCGUGAAGUUCAGCAGCGAAGUGACGUUCUCCUCGGGCCGCUUCAACGCGCCGACCGAGCGGCCAUCGAGGUACUUCGGGGUCCUCGCGAGCGGCGUCCUGUGUCUGUACAGCAAAGCCUACUCUCAGAAGCCUCCGGUGAAGUAA